UUCUGUUUCCCCUCUGUUUUAACUGACAAAACUGUUUAACAAACAAAACUUGACUAGAACAGCUUGCUCACCCUCAGAUUUGUUGCAGAUGGAUGAUGCAUGUUGAUUUGAAGAUCAGUUUAUAAUUUCAACAUCUUAACAUGGGAGACACAAUAGAAACAGCAGCACUGGGGAGACCAUUUCGACUAGGAAUGCCGUAUGACUGCAGAAGAGAUGCAUUAGUACCAGGAUUCACGCUUUGGGAUUGAAAGCAGCUGCAGCAGGACAGAGAUUUUCGUUCUCAAAAUUAUACAGAGUUUGAUGUUACAACUUCAGACACAAUUGAGAAAAAAGCAACGCACAUGAAUGUUGAAGGUGAACUGAAACUGAGUCUAAUGGGAGGAAUUGUCCCACUUAGUGGUUCUGCCAAAUAUUUCAAUGACACGAAAAAAUCAUUUAUACAAGAGAGGUUGACGCUGCACUACAGAACAACCACCAAGUUCGAGCAGUUGAGUAUGGACCAUCUGGGUAAAGGAAAAAUGGGUCACCAUGGGGUUUUUAAGCAUGAUGUAGCAACACACGUGGUUACAGCAGUGCUGUAUGGAGCCAAUGCUUACUUUGUGUUUGAUAGAAAGAAGAAUUUAUCUAAGAAGACAACAAAUGCAGGAGUAGAAGGAAAAAUUGACCUUGAAAAGCUGAAAAAUCUUCUUUUUGCUGGGGCAAGUGCAAAAGUAAACAUGGAUGAAAAUGAGAAGGCUGCAUUGAAACAACUGAGCUGUACAUUUUAUGGGGAUUUUAAUUUGCCCUUAAAUCCAGCGACUUUUGAUGAAGCUAUGAAGGUUUACACUGAUCUUCCAAAGCUGCUUGGAGAGAAUGGAAAACAUGCAGUUCCAGUGAGGGUGUGGCUUUAUCCUCUGGUUAAACUGGAAUCAAAAGCAGCCAAACUUGUAAGAACUAUCAGCACAGAUGUAAUUAGAGCUGUGGAGUCAGUAAUAGAAGCUUUAAAUGUCACAAACAUGAAAUGUGGUGACUUGUUACAAGACACAGUGGCAAAAUCAUUUACCACAUUUUAUAAACAAGUGCAGGAUUUUCAGAAAUUCUGCUACGAGUACAAGCAAGAUUUCAUGAAAAAGCUCGGGUUCCUUCUGCCAGACAUCCGUGGAGGUAAAACAGAUAUCAGUGCCGUAAGUGAUCUCCUACAAGCCCAUGAGAAAUCUCCUUUUAAUACUCGUGAUCUUCAGCAGUGGAUAACAGAGAAAGAAAAGAAAUCCAUCCAAAUAAAAACAGUCCUGAAGCAGCUCAGUGACCUUGGUGCAGAAGUGAAUGAUGACAUACACAAAUAUCUACUGGACUUGAACGUGGAAAAAUUGGUUGCUUAUGCAUUUAACUGUCUUCAGUAUUCAGAUCUUCUCCUGACUAAACAAAAGAUCUACCUGGACCCUUCAACAAUGGAAAAUACCUGUGAAAAUACACCUGAUCCAGAUUUUCAGGAGAAAUCAUUGACUUCUGAUGAGCUCAUGCACAUGAAGAACAAUUUACAAAUUUUUAAGAAUUUGAUCACAUUUAAUAAUAAGUGCGAGUCCACAAAAUUCAUUGUCCAAAGUCUGAAUCAAACAUCAAAUGGCCCAUGUUCCUGCAUUCUAGUGUAUGAAAAUGGGUGCAGUGAACCGAUCUGUUUUACUCCUCCAUCAAAGCCAGAAUGUCCAAAAAUCGAGUGUGUCACUGAUCACAAUGUAACAGUAAAAAUGGGUUCUCCGUGUGCUGCUACACUGCAGAGGAAGCUACUGUACAAAAUGAAACUAGAGAAAGACUGGAAAUCUCAGCCUGUGGAUCAGGAUGUAAUCACACUGACAGAUCUUAAAGAAGGCACUGAUUAUGAAAUAAAAUGUGGAGCAGUAGGAAAACUUGACUACAUGGUUGAAAGUGACAUAAACACUGUUACAACUACACUGUCUGCAGUAAAACCCCAGAAGGAACCAAAGUCAACUGAAAGUGAAUCAACCCAGCAGAAAAUUGAAACAGAGAGUGCUGAAUCCUCGGAGUACUUAAGUGCUACAGCAGUUUCUGGAAACUCAUCUGAUGACGAGCAAAUAAAUGAGAGUCAGCCACGCUACCAAGAGCUAAAGAGUUCUGGUAUGAGAUCUAAACAAUAGUUUCUAUUUCUUUACACUGUUAUACACUGUAGAAAAUGUUUUAAAUUCAUUAAGUUUGUACUUCUUCUUACACUCCAAAUUCCAUUUAUCCUCAUACAAAAAGUAUUUUCCUUCAGGCAUGUGUCAUUGUUUUAAUGAUCAACAGAAACUCAAUUAAAUGUAGCAGUUAACAGGUACACCAACAAUUGUUGUGUUAUUUUUUAUUUUAUUGAACACAUUGUCCAUUUUAGGUUAGUUGAAUCAUUCUGAUGCAAAUGUUCUACUCGUUGUUUUAGGUGUUAAAAAUGUUAUAUAGCCAAAUGUUUCUCUGUAAUGUUUCUUAGCAAACGGACCUAUUUUAUUGUUCUGCAGACUGUAUGUUUGAUUAAUAGCAUAUAGGUUUUAAUUUGUGUUUUUCACUAUAAGAGUGUAAAAAAAUGACAAGUUCUAUCUGUACAGUAGAUAUAACAAGUUUUCAAAACUACUAAUGAAUGUCAGUGACACAAACUGGAAUAUACUUUGUGCAAUGGUUAUAUUACAAAUUAAAAUUAGGGUUCGUUAUUAUGUUGUGCAAGUAUUAUUGAUGGGAUACACAAAUAAAAAAGCUUCAUUACCAUUG